ACGCUGAAGACGAUGAUGACACGAACUUGCGACAAGCCCACGAAGAGCGAACACGAGACCCGACGACUCAGCAAAAUAGCAUACUAUUCCUCACUCACUCAGCUUGUUUCACCUGCUUCUUUAUGCUGCUCACCUUCCUGGACAACCACGACCGCCCCGCGCUUCUCUCUGGUGACUGUUGGGCGGGGUCAGCAUCUCCAACCGAAUCAAUACUAGUCAUGGGGCCCAUGGCGUGCAGACCGUACGACGAACAACACCCGAGUAACAUUAUGGGGGACCACUACCGCCACCUUGCUUCUGAUAAGGCGGGGGGCUGAUCGGGAAGAGUCUCCAGCAAGGGGAAUGGGCGGUGUUUCUUCUCAACUGGGAGCGGGAGCAGCGAGCAGACAGAGGGGUGGGAAACAAUAAUCGACGUGGUGCAUCAAGAGGUCGGCGCAUCGAACAGACAGAGACAGCAGGGCGUGCGUGUUACCCCUGUGGAGCACGGCGAACGCUUCAGGGGAGGUGCAUGCAUCGGAUGAACAAGUGACCGGUAUGACUCGCUCUGGAUCCCAACUCGUUUGCGUAUGUCGGGGAAUACUG